CAACUAAAGGGGCAUGUAGGUGUUCAAAACCCAGCAGAAUGGCGCUGUUUCCGCAGGUCUCCAAUCCGGAACGCAGAGCCCGGCCUGUCUGUCCUGAGCUGUUGCUCCCACUCGGACGAGUUUACCAUUCAUCUCACAGCAGUAGCAACAGCAGCAGCAGCGAUGGCAGCGCUCAGGACGGCAGUGAACGGACGCUUUCUUCACCCUCUCUCCUUGUCAUGUGGGUCGUUGCGCUUCGUCAGCUCCUCCUUCAAGCAAUUUAAUUGAAUUCAAUUUCCAUAAGAGCUUGAGCAUGAUGAAUCCAGAUUAUUUUUUUUCAUAUGCAUGUGCAAUCAGUGACAAUGAAUAAACAGCUCUCCACGUGCCCCGCUGUACUCCCCACCCCUCUCUGUCUUUUCGUUUUCUCUCCCUUUUUUUGUCUCUUUCUCUCUCUCUGUCUUCCCAAUUGUUUAUGUCAGGCUGCAGAUCUGACCAUCGAGAAGAGCUCGGUGCUGAAGCCAAAGCCAGAUCCGUCAACGCUCGUGUUUGGCAAGCAGUUUUCAGACCACAUGCUGACCAUCAGCUGGUCUGCAGCAGGAGGAUGGGAGAACCCUCAGAUCAAGCCCUUCCAGAAUCUGUCCCUUCACCCAGCAUGCUCAGCCCUACAUUACUCAAUAGAGCUCUUUGAGGGUAUGAAGGCCUUUCGGGGAGUGGACAACAACAUCCGCCUCUUCAGGCCUAUGCUGAAUAUGGAGCGCAUGCAUCGGAGUGCUGAAAGGAGUUGUCUGCCUUUGUUUGAUAAGGCUGAACUGCUGAAAUGCAUCAAUAAGCUGGUUGAGACUGACCAAGAAUGGGUUCCUUACUCCACAGAUGCCAGCCUGUACAUCAGACCAACAUUCAUAGGAACCGAACCUUCACUAGGUGUUUCUCGAGCUGGUCACGCGUUGCUGUUUGUCAUCGUUGGACCCGUUGGACCUUAUUUUGCCACUGGAAGUUUUAAUCCGGUGUCCUUGCUGGCAGAUCCUCGAUACGUCCGGGCCUGGAGGGGUGGCGUCGGAGAGUACAAAAUGGGCGGCAACUAUGGGCCGACCAUCGCUGUCCAGAAUGAGGCGGCAAAGCAAGGCUGUCAGCAGGUCCUCUGGCUGUAUGGAGAGAGUGAGGAGAUCACUGAGGUCGGCACCAUGAAUCUCUUCAUCUACUGGACCACAAAGAAAGGAGAAAAAGAGCUGGUCACUCCUCCACUUGAUGGCGUCAUUCUUCCAGGAGUCACCAGACAGUCUCUGCUGGACCUCGCCAGAGAAUGGGGGGAAUUCAAAGUGACUGAGCGGAGAGUUUUCAUGAAGGAGCUGUUGGGGGCUUUAGAUGAGGGUCGGGUGCUGGAGGUCUUCGGUUCGGGCACUGCAUGUGUGGUGUGUCCCGUUGGCAGUCUGCUCUACAAAGGACAAACUUACCAAAUUCCUACAAUGAAGAAUGGGCCAGACCUUGCCAAGCGAUUCCACAAGGAGCUCACUGACAUCCAGUAUGGACGUCUUCAGAGGGACUGGGCUCCACUGGUCGUCUAACCGAUUGGAUGCAGGUUUCACAUCUCAAACCUCUCUCAUCUCACCGGUUUGUGUGUGUGGACUUCACAGACAGGACUGUUAUUCUACAAUAACAAAAACCUUUCGAAAUAGAAAACCACCUAUUAAAUAUAUGCAGUCUGUCCAAACCAGCUUACAUCCUGCUUGCUAUAGAGGUCUUUAUUGCACAAUUUGUAGCACUAGAAUUCGUCCUUAAACCUGUCGAGCACAAGCGUCAUAAGCCAUAUAUAAGCAAAGGCACAAGCAAAUGUGUUCUCCUCGCAGUAGUUACUGAUCCAGUGUGGAAACUUUUGUUUUUUUAAAGUCUGUCAUGCUUUGUUGUUUCCUUAUUAUCUAAAAUGCUUCAGUCUUUUGUUUCUAAAGCUAAUUAUAUUUUUAUAUUAAAGUAAUGAUUUUAAAGGAACUCAUUUUACGACUCCCUUACAGUUAAACAGAUUUAACAUUUUUUGUAUCCAGUCAGCAGAUCUGGCAGUAGCACUUUUAGCUUAGCUUACCCUGCUGAAAAAAAAACUGCUGGUUUUAGCUGUUUAAUCAGCCUGGUUUAAGAGGGGUUUGGCCAUUUCCAGGCUGGUUUCCAGCCAUUUCCAGCCUGGUCUUGGCUGAUCAGACUGGAAAAUGAUCAGCUAAAACAAGCUUGACCAGCCUGGUCACUCUUGUUUUAGCUCGUCAUCUGCCCACUAUAACCCCUCUCAAACCAGGCUAAUCGACCAGCUAAAACCAGCCAACCAGCCUGGGCUGUUUUAAGCUGUUUUUUUUUUUCAGCAGGAUAGCCAAGUCAGGUCAUUGAAUGAGAGUAUAGUUCCUAGUUAAAUCGAUCUAGAAAGUACCAACAUCGGCUUUAGUACACAAUUUACCAACAGAACAAUCAAGAAAAAUUAUUAAAACUGGUCAUUUUUGAGCGAGGUGCUAAUGGUCUAAUUUAUUUUGUUGGUCUAUGCUAAGCUAGGCUAAUAGUGCUCCCAUCAGACCCAAAGAUCAGCUGAAUGGAUUUAAAAAUGGUAAAACACAACUGUUUGACACUACUUGAGCUUUCUUGAGCAAAUUUGCAUUUUGCGAGAAAGUGGAGUGUUCCUUUAAGAAAUCAGGCAGUUGAGGAUUAGACUUCAGCACGCUGCCAUUUUAAUGCAGACAUUGCAUUGCAUCUUGUCCGUUUGUGUAGAAUAAAAGAAUCUAGUGUCAUACUUUUUCUGUAUCAGGAGAGCUAAGUAUUCAGUUAGCAUUCAUUCAAACUGUGCUGUUUCUUGAUAAAAACACACUAAAAUGUUAUUUUAAAAAAAAUAUAUCAUAAACAAUUAUGCUACUUCAAGGGCAAUGUAUUACCGCCAGAUUUAGAUGAUUUAAAACCAUGAGCUGAACUUAUGCACGCACAAGGGCAUCAUGACGGCCCAGACAUAGCAGCUCUAGAGACCACUAGAAAUUGAUGUGAUAAUCGUCACUAGGCUGUGUGUGUUAAAGAUGUAAUAUCUGGAACAACAAUGUGAACUGUAUAUACAUGUGUGUGAAGUAUGUGAUGUUCGCUGGACAUGUAGAAUGUAGCCUAUUGGUUUUAACUUAUUUCCGGUGUCGUUUUAGUAACGUCAGUUACAUGGCUUUAAUGCAUAUCGCUGUUGUUUUUCUUCAUGAACUGUCAUGUUGUUUUCCCCCUCAUUUUAAACGAGUGUUUUAAUGCUUGCACUCUACUCCACGGCUCUUUUCUUUAGUUUAAGUGCCUGACGGAGUUCGUUUCUCUUUGCCAUCUCUCUCAUCUUUUUGUCUGUAUUGAGCUGAAGGGGGCGCUGCUGCACUCAAGUUUGGUUUGUUUUGUUUUCUGAUGGUUUUCAAAGAUGUCUUUACUUUUUCCUGUUACUGUAUUUUUACAAAUAAACUCUAUUUACUUCCAAAUAUGUAA